CGUUUUUUCUGAACGGUAUUUUUGGAUACGCGAGCAUGCUUCGACUGAUACAAGAAAAAAACAAGUCCAAAGGCCGAGUUUCCAAUAAUAGCAGUGUUCCUGGACUUCUGAAAAAGACUAAGGCGACGCUUUCGACGGGGGAUCUGAGCCAGUUGGUCAGACUCCCAAAGAACAUAGACAUCGACGAAUGGCUAGCGAUCAACACGAUUGACUUCUUCAACCAGAUCAACUUGAUCUAUGGAAGCAUCACCGAAUUCUGCACGCCUCGCGAUUGUCCGACCAUGUCGGCGGGCCCGAAGCACGAGUACAUGUGGUUCGGGGACAAGACGCUCAAGAAGCCCGUCAGGUGUUCUGCGCCAGAAUACUUCGACUACUCGAUGACCUGGGUUCAAAGCAAGCUGGACAACGAGACGAUUUUUCCCUCUCGAACCGACGUUCCGUUUCCAAAGAACUUUUUCACGGUCAUCAAAAGCAUUUACAAGGUGUUCACCUACAUCUACGCGCACAUCUACUGCCAGCACAUCGACCGGGUUUUUGAACUGGGGGAAGAGGUUCACAUCAACACGAGCUUCAAGCACUUUUACUACUUCGUCACGGAGUUUUCCCUCGUGGACAAAAGCAAGUUCAGCCCGCUGGCCGACGUGAUACAAAACCUGAUCGACGGCAAGAAGUCCAUUGCCGCGCGUCCAAGACUGAAAAAAGAAAAGGACUCGAGGCACUGA